AUUCUGGCCUUUUACACAAGUUUGACAGUGAGGAAAACAAGUGCAACAGCACUGACGAUUACAGGAACAACUGCUUAGCGAGAAACAAAUAAAUAAAGGAUUAAUAUCGAGUCUCUACUCCUGUUUGCCUGUAACAUAAUCCACCAUGUCCAGGCAAUCCAACCGGACAACAGACAACAAGAAGAUGAACUCUGAGCUGUUCACACUCACCUACGGGGCGCUGGUCACCCAGCUUUGUAAAGACUACGAGAACGACGAGGAAGUCAAUAAACAGCUGGACAAGAUGGGUUAUAACAUCGGAGUGCGUCUGAUCGAGGACUUCCUGGCACGCUCCAGCGUCGGCAGGUGUCAGGAUUUCCGAGAAACGGCCGAUGUCAUUGCUAAGGUUGCAUUCAAGAUGUACUUGGGCAUCACCCCCAGUGUGACCAACUGGAGCCCAGCAGGAGAUGAAUUCUCCCUCAUCCUGGAGAACAACCCCCUGGUAGACUUUGUGGAGCUGCCAGACAACCACAGCACACUGAUCUACUCCAACCUGCUGUGCGGUGUCCUCAGAGGAGCACUGGAGAUGGUCCAGAUGGCAGUGGACGUGAGGUUUGCCCAGGACACUCUGAGAGGGGACAACGUGACAGAAAUACGCAUGAAGUUCAUCAAGAGGAUCGAAGAGAACCUGCCUGCUGGAGAUGAGUGAUAAAGAGAUGGAAAUACAUGUUUCAACCCCUCCCUCUAUCUUUGUUUCAUUCAGUGGGAUGGAGGAACGGAAGGAAUAUUCACACUUACAGACUGAAAGAAUGAAAGGAGAGUACUCAAGAAAUCAGUGUGAGUGGUGCACCUCAAUAGCCCGAAAAUAUCUUUUAAUUUCUUAUAACCUUGAUGUUGUUUGUGUCAGUCUGAAUGUCUUGGUAUUAAAGGAGGAUACUUGGUUGGGAUCCCUCCUCCUUGGGUUUCUUUUUGAAAACCUGGGUUCUAAGGAGAGGAUGCAAAGAUUUUAAUUCAGCCAAGAAGAAAGAAAAAUGGUAUUCUAUUAGAAAAACACCCCAUGAAAUGUAAAUGGCUGUGCAACCUUGAAUCUCUCCUGGAUACAAAAAAAAAGAAAAGUCCUUAGCACUAACUCUCGAGAGCCAUUUUGGGUCUCUCUCUCACUGGAAAAGUUCAUGUUAAGUCUGUACUUAAGGGGUAGCAGUCAUUGUGGAGACAAAGGAAAACGCCUUGGACCAUUUAUCUGUCACUAUCCCAUAUGGAAAGUGAAUGUCUCCCCAAUUGAUGUCAUAUGACUUGAAAGAAUGGUGCGUCAUUUUCUUUGUCUAAUGUCUUUCUUGUGCAAGGCUGGAAACCCUUACACUUUUUUUUUUU